AUGGUGAACACCGGAGGUACUUCAAAACAACUAACUUUGGGGAACGAUAUGAAGAUAGUUGCUUUAUGGGAUGCCGUAAUUGUCAAAUUCCGCACAAUUUUGAACAAGAGUGACACAUAUCGCAAUAAUGAUAUGCUUAGUGGCAAAUGGACUCAAAUUAGCCGGAAGUGCACCAAAUUCAAUUCCAUAUAUAACAAACUUUCUUCGCAACGUCAAAGUGGUGCCAAUGAUUUCGAUGUGUUUAGAGCCGCGAUGGAGGAAUAUCACGUGCAAAUGGGUCACAUAUUUGAGUACGAAAAAGUAUGGGAGAUAGUGAGGAAAGAUCCAAAAUGGAUAAAAAUGCCAACAUCAUCGGAACAACAAUCAAAGAGGUCUCGUGGUUCGGGUUCGUUUGACGUUUCCGACGGACACACGAAUAUCGACCUCAACGCGGACACCGAUGAGAUCCCGAACGAGUUUGAUGACAUCGAAGAAAUCUCUCCGCCACGACGAACGAUGGGGCACGACAAAGUGAAGCACGCGCAACGACAUGCGUAG